GACACCUUCAAAGAUCCAUUUCUUCUGUUGGCAGCUUCUUUUGAAUAUCUCUUGAAGAUCACCAUGAGGAUGGCUUCUUCAAGUUUGAGGCGGGUCACAAGGAAUCUUUCCGCGUUCCUUGAAAGAGUGGAGGGGAUCCCUGCUAACCCCAGCCAUUCGAGUAAGUCUGAUUAUCUCCAUUUCGCUGCAACCUCGCAAUCCCUUGCGCUUCACCUUGUGAGCUCAGAAUAUUGGCUGGGCUCUUUGGUGGUGCAAUGAGAGUGUGGCAGCUAGAAGCAUCGCGACUAAACAAUGGAUUUGAGGGACUCCAGCUCAUCCAACUGGGCAACCUGGUUCUCUGCAGCGAUGAAGCGAAGGGUUUCGGAAGCAGGACACCGGCAAGCUUCAGGCUGCUGGGGUCACUGAGAAAUGCAAGCUGCUGGGUUGCACUUGAAAAUUAACUUUCCUCAUUCGUUUUCUCACGCCACACGUUUAACCUUCGCCCCUCUCUUCUACAGUCCCCCCCCGCUCUAGUUGGCAGCUCCAAAACCCCUGCUGCUACAUCAAGUUUUCGCCCCUCCUUCUCUCACAAUGUCGCCACCCACUUUUUGCGGGCAACGAGCAAGCCAGUCUCUGGGCCUGAUAAGCCAAGAAAGCCACAGGAAACCAACAUGCGGGUAUACCUGGCGGACGGGGGCGCCAAGAAACCCUGGGAUCAGAUGGUGAUUGAGCAGUGGCGGUCGCAGAGGAUCAGGGAUAAUCUCCACACCCAACUGAUCAACCCAUCCUCGUGCACAGGUGCGCAAUGGGGGACAAUCAUAGGGCUGCUCUUGAGAGCUUCAUCAACUUCCGUGACGCCAGUUUUUGCCAGGCCGCUUCUCGCCAACAAGGCAAAGGACCGACAGCUCCCUCCGGGCUACCAGCAUACUUUUGGGGCCCUUCUAUCACAACCAAAAGCGGCAGGCAUGAGACUGGCUGCGUUCCUGAGAGAGGACGUGGGCAGCCGGCAUGCCCUCUUUGACUGUUGCUCCCCCAAAAGUGCACCGAACGGCAACAACUCCGAGGACGAGCGCGAAGACGGGGUCCGGCUGCCCACGGUUAGUAACGGGUUACGCGUCGUCGACAGCAUGGUUAGCAUCGGGUUACGGCCGACCCGGAUCGGGAUGGAGGCGCUGAUCGACUGCUGCGAUGCCGCGCUGGACGCGGAAAUGGCGGAGGGGAUCGUGCGGCGGAUGGAGGAAGAGUACGGGCUGCCGCCGACGAUCGUAACGCUCGUCAGGCUGCUGCGAGCGUGCGUAAACGCCGAGGACGAAGACCGGGCGCUCCGGGUGCUCGACAGGCUCCCCCGGGAGGACCUGAAGACCGUGGACAUGCAACUGUUCGUGAUGCAGACGCUUUUGCUACAGUACGAAGAGGCGGCCGAGAGCCGGGAGGCCGCCGAGGCGCCCGGGAGUAUGCUCCGGCUGCGAAUGAAGCUAGACGAGCUUUUGUUCAAAGUGCCUGUCACUUCGACAACAGCUUUGUCGGAGUAGCAUAUAAUAUCAGAUCAUUUGACCAAGGGGAGAUUGAUCAGCAUCGGCUCGAUAAAAUAUCGUUGUGUGAAAUCUCGACCUAUCAAUCUUGCGGGGUUUCGGUUCCAAGUGCACACGGAGCACAUGCCCGGACUUCCGAAGUUCGUCCCUUGAAGCGUCUGUAAUUGCCAAUUUUGCAUGAUGGUCUUUUUUCAGUUUUGCCGUCA